AUGUACAUAAUGGUUAUAUGGAUACUGUUCAUUGAACGCAAAAGAUUUCCAUCUGUUUUCUAUAAACUUGUAUCGAUUUUUGGAAUUCAAGUAAGUUAAAGAUUUUUUUGGCAUGAAAUGGCUUGGGUUAGACAGAAAAUGGAAAAAAAUGUUUUGAAAAAGAAAAUAGCAAUAACUUUCUUUACAAAACAAGAAACGCAAAAACUUCCUUUACAAAACAUAAAAUAGCAAGAACUUUUUUUACAAAACUAAAUAUAACAAAAAAUUUGUUCACUAAGUAAAAAAUGGCACAAACUUUCUUUGCAAGGCUUAAAAUGGCAAGAACUUUCUUUACAAAACUAAAAAUGGCAAAAACUUACUUUACAACCUUUAAAAUGGCAAGAACUUUCUUUACAAAACAAAAAAUGGCAUCUUUAUUGAUAAAAGUAAAAAUGGCAAGAACUUUCUUUACAAAGUAAGAAACGACAAAAACUUUCUUUACGACAUAAAAAAUGGCAACAACUUUCUUUUCAAGCUAUAAAAUGGCAAGCACUUUUCUUACAAUACAAAAAAUGGCAAAAACUUUUUUUACAAAACUAUAAAUUGCACAAUUUUUUUUACUUUUAAAAUGGCAUGUUCAUAAAACUUUUUUUUUUUGAUAUUCAAACAAAGGUAAUCCAAGAGGAUUCGAACCUUUUUGGAUUUUCGACAUUUUUGGACUAAUGUAUUUUUUCUUUAUUUCUUUUAAAAAUGACAUUAUUUAUCCGAAAUUCACAGUAUACGUACCUCUUUUUCUGUAUUACAAUUUCUGUUAACCAGGUCUGUUAAAAAAGAUUUUAAAAUCUUAAAAAACUAUUUGUACCCAUCGACACACUUUUUUAUUUUUUUUAUUUUUUAAAUUUACGUAUCUUCUUUACAAAUGACAUUAUUAAUGUGAACUUAUCAGCAUAGAUACAAAUUUUCAUCCUCUACAAAACGUAUUAAUUAGAUUUCCAAAAAAUUUUUGAAAAAUUUCAAAAAAUGUUUUUUCUACUAUAAUAUACUUGUUUUAGGAAGUAAUAUGCUACCUGCUAAACCAAUAUGUGCAACGUUGGCCGACGAGUCAAUUUGUAUAUGAGAGUUACUUUCGCCAUCUUCACGCGCCUUCUCGUUUCCAAAUUUUGUUUUACUUUUUCUAUUUUUACACUCAGCUGCAGGGCGUAUUGGCGGCUACAAUAUUGGCUUUCAACCGAGUAUCUUGUGUUCUAUUUCCGGUUAAUCAUGAUACGGUAGGUUUGAGGGGGAAGGGAUACGGAAGGAGCUAUGGCUUAUUUUUAUAACUCGGGCUGGACUAAGGGAUAGGAUAAGAGCUAAAACUAGGGUUUAGGCUGGGACUUAAGCUAGGGCAAGUACUAGGGCUUAGGCGAAAGCUUAUGCUUAGGCUAGGGCAAGAGCUAAAUCUUGGGUUAAGGAUAGGGCUAGAGAUAGGACUAAGGCUAAGGCUGGGCUACAUCCAGAGUGUAUGCUAGGGCAUGAACAUGGGCAGGGUCUUAGGCUAGGGCUUAGACUAGGGCUUAGGCUAUGGCUUAGUCUAGGGCUUAGGCUAGGGCUUAGGCUAGGGCUUAGGCUAGGGCUUAGGCUAGGGCUUAGGCUAGGGCUUAGGCUAGGGCUUAGGCUAGGGCUUAGGCUAGGGCUUAGGCUAGGGCUUAGGCUAGGGCUUAGGCUAAGGCUUAGGCUAGAGCUUAGGCUAGGGCUUAGGCUAGGGUUAGGGAUUAGGCUAGGCUUCAUCUGCCUUUAGGCUGGGCUUAGGCUAGGGCUUAGACUUGAGCUUAGGCUGGGCUAGGGCUAUUUUAUGUUUCUUGGUUUUAGGUCUGGCGAAAACACCUAAAAUACGUCUUGAUAUUGUACUACCUAUCACCAUUACUUUGUUUCUGGACAUUGCCAUUUAACAAAGCUCUAAUUGAAUGUAGUAAAGAUACUGGUGAUGACAGAGAAUGUUACUUCACUUAUGAUCAUUCUCAUACCUUUGGAGUGAGUUUUAGCCAUUUAAAACUUUUUAAAAUAUUUUUUGAUUUUUGUGACACUUCGUCACAUUUUUCAAUACUUUUUGUGGCAUUUCGUCGAACUUCUUAAUAAUUUUUGUAUGUUUUGUUAUUUAUUAUAUAGAUUAAAUGCACGUAUUUUACGAUGAAUUUAUCCAUAAAUUUUAACGUAAAAAACAUUUUCAGAUAUCCGUAGGAAACAAUAAUCACAUGGCAUUCAUUACCUUGUCAGUAAUAUCCUGUAUUUUCAACUUGGUGACCAUAGCAGUACUGACAAUUCGAAAAAAGAGUUUGAAAGUUCGAAGAGGUUAUAAGCAAGAAAUUAACUUGUUCAUGACUUCUUUUAUCUUAUUUUUAACUCAUCUUGCUUAUGGCAUCGUUGAGGUAAGCUGCCUAGUCUUGUCCUGGUCGUGA